UGGACGACGACGACGACGACGGCAUUGACACACAUAUAUGCCGAGGUAUCGUCAUCAUCGUCACAUCGGAGCUCGAGCGAUGGAUCGACUUGAUGGAAGAACCGCGUGACUUUGCGUGACUCUGCGGAGGAGGAGCACCCGCUGCUGCAGUACUCUCUUUAACGACGAUCGUCGUCAUCCACAUUGAAUCCUGAUGUCGUCGGACUGCUGCCGCUGCCGCUGCCGUGAACCACCACCCAUCGUCGUCGAGGAGCUGGCAAUACUGAGACUGGCGCAUCAUCCACUGACGAAUUGCCUAGCGCUGCAUCUCGAGCUCAUGCUAUCCCAGGCCAAUUUCCCUCGGAGACGGAGAAAAUGCUGAGGAGGCUAUGGCGUCGUGACGCGCCCCACGUGCGAAAGUAGGCAGUGACAACCUCCUCCUGCUCCUCCUCGUUAUCCUGCUGCCGCCGCCGCGAGUGCGCGUGUGUGUUUGUGUAUAAUGACGACGACGACGACGAAGAUGAUGUUGACCAGUGCGAACGGGCGGGGAAUCGAGGCGGCGAGGCUGCUUCUGCUCUGGCUGCUGUUCGCCUCGAUUUGCUGGUGGCUGCCCGGCAGCGAGGCCCAGAAGCCCCUGCUGACGGGCGCGAGGAAGCGCGACCUCUACAUCGCCGGCCUCUUCCCCUACGCCACCCACGUGCCCGAGAGCAUAGUCGGCCGUGGCGUCAUGCCGUCCGUCAAGCUGGCCAUCGACCACAUCAACGACAAUCCCAACGUCUUGCGCAAUUAUCGACUGCACAUGUGGUGGAACGACACUCAGGUUGGUACAUACAUUCUCGAGUUAUGA